UUUUUUUUGUAAUACCUGUAAGUAGUGUAAAUUGUGAAAAAUUUUUUAAUCGUCAUUCUGUUUUAAAAUUUUUAUCGUUUACACUUUUACAAAACGUGUAUACCUUCAAGUUAUAUCUUUUCUACGCAAAAUAAAUAAGUAUCCAAAUUAACUUAUUCUUACUAAGGCAAAGUUGUCCGUGUAUUACACAUAUUAAAUAUAAAAUAUUGAUAAAGAACAUACAUAAACAUUUUAGAUUUAAAUUUACUAUGGCUGCUCCAAUGGAACGUAUUCAAGCUUUGGAAUUAAUCGAAAAAGACAUAAUUACUUGUUUACAAAGUGCUGGUCAAGCACUUUUAGAACUCAGUAAAGAAAAGUCAAGUUUAAAGCAGGUAGAAAAUCAAUCACACCAAUUCUUGAAGAGUUUAGGUAAUGUUGAAUCCAAACUCACUGAACAAAUAAAUUACUUGACUCAAGUAUCUACAGGCCAACCAUAUGAGAACAGUGGAUAUGCAUCUCAAAAAGUACUCCAAAUGGCUUGGCACCGUUUAGAACAUGCAAGAAGUCGGGUAAAAGAAUUAGAACGAUCAAAAAACAAGUAUCUCCAAGAUCAAGAACAGCUGAAAGGAAAUAUGUCUAAUAUAUUAUGAUUAGUAUUAUCAUUUAUUGGUUGCACAAUUAUUUUAGUAAUAAGUGAAAGUUACGAGGAGUUAAUUAUCUAUUAUUAAUAACAUUGCAUUUAAAAGUUAAAUUAAUCUAAUAUUAUUUAAGUUAAUUAUUUUUCAUCAUAUCUUAUGGGUAUAUGACAUUGAAAAUUAGGUAUUUAAAAAUUGUGUUAUUAAUAAUAUACUCGAAAGUAUUAGUACUCGAAAUCCAAUAUAAAUAUUAGUUAUAACUAAUAACUAUUUAUUUUUAUUUUUAAUUUAAACUACUAUAUAAUGGAUUAUUUUUAUAGUUUCAUUAAGUUUAAAUUUGUCUAAUAUUUUCAGGUAAUUAAGAUUAAAUGGAUUUGUAGGUAAUGUUUUUGAAUUAACUCUAAGAGCAUUCAACACAGAUAUUCUACACUACUAUUAUAAUGAUAAACUAUGU